AUGUUUUGCAUUCCACAACUGGUUCAGGCCGUCAGAUACGAUAGCGUAGGCAUUACUCCCCGUUUGGAAAUGGGAUACAUAUCGCAAUUCAUCCGGUGGUCGGCCACUACAUCCCAACUACUGGCCCACCAAUUGAUAUGGAAUAUGCAGACCAAUAUGUAUAAGGAUGAGGACCAACAGGAACCGGAUCCCGAUUUGUACGACCACUUGGAGCACCUCAUUAAGACAAUCGUGGACUCGCUCUCAGGACCGGCCAAAGAGUUCUACGAACGAGAGUUUGACUUCUUCGGCAAAAUAACGGCCAUUUCCGGAGAGAUUCGUAAUUAUCCCAAAGGAAAGGAACGAAAGGAAGCGCUUCUCAAAGCGCUCCGCAAAAUACAGGUCCAGUUGGGCUGCUAUUUGCCGUCCAAUGCCGAGGCGCUGGUCUUGGAUAUCGACCCCGAAAAGGGUAUCCCAUUGCAGAGCGCAGCUAAAGCGCCGUUUUUGGCCCGGUUUAAGGUGGCGCUCAUUGGGAGCGACCAACUCGAGCGACUGGCCAUGUCUUCCGACUCGCACAACACCCACAACAACCGG